GCCCGUCCCGCCCGCUCCGCUCGCACCGCCGGGCACAGCCCUCCCGAGGGCGAGCAGGCACAGCCAGGGCACAGCGACACCGCCAGCGCCCCCCGUCCGCCCCUCAGCGCCGGCGGAGCCAUGAGCUGGGGCACGGAGCUGUGGGACCAGUUUGACAACUUAGAAAAACACACUCAGUGGGGUAUUGAUGUUCUGGAAAAGUACAUCAAGUUUGUAAAAGAAAGGACAGAGAUUGAACUCAGCUAUGCAAAGCAGCUUAGGAAUCUUUCAAAGAAAUACCAACCCAAGAAGAACUCCAAAGAGGAGGAAGAAUACAGGUACACAUCAACUAGAGCCUUCCUAGCCACUUUAAAUGAGAUGAAUGACUAUGCUGGCCAGCAUGAGGUGAUCUCAGAGAACAUGACCUCUCUGAUCACUGCGGAGUUAACGCGCUACGUGCAGGAGCUGAAGCAGGAGAGGAAAUCGCACUUCCAUGAUGGCAGAAAGGCACAACAACACAUUGAAACUUGCUGGAAACAACUUGAAGCAAGUAAAAGGCGGUUUGAACGUGAUUGCAAAGAAGCUGACCGAGCACAGCAGUAUUUUGAGAAAAUGGAUGCUGACAUCAAUGUGACAAAAGCAGAUGUUGAAAAGGCAAGACAGCAAGCCCAGCUAAGACAUCAGAUGGCAGAAGACAGCAAAGCUGAAUAUUCUUCCACCCUACAGAAGUUCAACAGUGAGCAGCAUGAGCAUUAUUACACACACAUACCAAACAUCUUCCAGAAAAUACAAGAGAUGGAGGAAAGAAGAAUCGUGAGGAUAGGGGAAUCCAUGAAAACCUUUGCAGAAGUCGACCGCCAAGUGAUCCCCAUCAUUGGGAAGUGUCUGGAUGAGAUAACAAAGGCUGCAGAAUCAGUGGAUCACAAGAAUGAUUCCCAGAUGGUAAUAGAAGCCUUUAAAUCAGGGUUCGAGCCUCCGGGAGACGUCGACUUUGAGGAUUUCACGCAGCCCAUGAAGAGGACAGUGUCUGAAUCCAGCCUUUCCAACUCCAGAGGGGAUGGGAAGUCAGAGCCCAAGUUUGGUAGCAAAUCCAAGGGCAAGUUAUGGCCAUUCAUCAAGAAAAAUAAGCUUAUGUCCCUUUUAACAUCCCCCCAUCAGCCCCCUCCUCCUCCCCCUGCCUCUGCCUCACCCUCUGCUGUUCCCAACGGCCCCCAGUCUCCCAAGCAGCAAAAGGAACCCCUCUCCCAUCGCUUCAACGAGUUCAUGACCUCCAAACCCAAAAUCCACUGCUUCAGGAGCCUAAAGCGUGGGCAGACACAGUCUUUGUAUAUUCACAAAGAACUCAUGAAGAGGACUUUAGGGACACCCACGUGUGCCGUUGAGGCUAGGGAAUAUGUUCUUUCUCUCAAGCUGGGAGCAGGCCCAGAAGACUUCAGCAAUCUCCCACCUGAGCAAAGAAGGAAGAAGCUUCAGCAAAAGGUCGAUGAACUAAACAGGGACAUUCAGAAAGAGAUGGAUUCAAGAGAUGCCUUAACAAAGAUGAAAGAUGUGUACAUCAAGAACCCCCAGAUGGGAGAUGCAGCGAGCGUGGACCACAGAUUGGCAGAGCUGGGGCAGAACAUUGAAAAGCUGCGAUUAGAAGUUCAGAAAUUCGAGGGCUGGCUGGCAGAGGUGGAGGGGCGGCUGCCGGCACGGAGCGAGCAGUCCCGGCGCCAGAGCGGGGUCUACGAGGCCCAGAACGCAUCGGGAGUGAACAGCUGUGCCCAGGACAGGGAGAGCAGCCCCGAUGGCAGUUACACAGAAGAGCAAAGCCAGGAGACUGAGAUGAAAGUACCUGCAACAGACUUUGAUGAUGAGUUUGAUGAUGAAGAACCACUACCCACCAUAGGAACGUGUAAAGCUCUCUAUACAUUUGAAGGUCAGAAUGAAGGAACAAUCUCUGUAGCAGAAGGAGAGAUGCUCUAUGUCAUAGAAGAAGACAAAGGGGACGGGUGGACGCGGAUCCGAAGGAACGAAGAUGAGGAGGGCUAUGUCCCCACGUCCUAUGUUGAAGUCUAUUUGGACAAAAAUGCCAAAGAUUCCUAAAGGUGUUUGUGCUGGUGCAAGAACCUCGGGGCGAGCUUGUCACAGAAGGAGAAACAAAAUGGUCUGUUUACCCUGCAGGCAGUUAAAACACACCCAUGGAAAGCCAGACUCCCACUCUUGUCUGGAGUUCCCACUUGAAAAAUUCAGACCUAAAUUCCAUCCCAGUACCAUUCAGAUGCUUGCUCUUUUCCAUGGCAUGCUACUUGUGGCUCGGAUUUCCUUAUCAGCCUCUCCCACUCUUCUGCCAGCCUGGCACAGCCCCUCUGUCAAACAUAACACACACUUCUCCCAGCCCAGUCCCUCCCAACUUCUGUCAGAGAUCUGCUGGCUGCCCUUGGACAGCCAGAGAGUCCCAAGCAUGUUCUGGUCUGUCCUCUGUCCCCUUGUCCCUCAGUCCAUCUGGAUGUGCACACUGGUCCAUCAGCAUUCACGUGGUGCCUUCAGUGCCAGACCUGCAGGUUCCUCUCACCAGAGAGCCUGGGAAGGAGGUGGAAAACCUCCCUGGACAGUGUCACAGCAGCUGGACUGGGCUCUCAAUCUGUCACUAUUAAAUCUGAUCCACAUGCAUCAUUCAACAUUCUGCCUUCCCCAAAAGGUCACUAAUACUUGUCAGCCUUUAUUUCUCUUUUUCCAAAUCCAGGCUGAUGCUCAUUCCAGGUAUUAAACCCCUCUGACCCUGCUGUUUCCUGAAACCCUUCAAGCUCACGUAUGUACUUGUUUUCCUGCUUGUUCUGUCUGCCCCCUCCUGUGUCCCUGCUGUUCCUCACACACACACAGACACACACAGACACAGACAGUGGCAUUUUGGUUGGCAGCCCUUGCUGCUGCUGCUCACAGCCCAGUUUGGCUCUGGUUUCAGCCUGCAUGCUCGCCCUGUUGCCUUGCCUGCGCCCACCUUCCUCAGGGUCACGUUAUUUUGUGGCUCGUGGUUUAAUCUCUCUGCAGUUUUCUUUUGGUUGGUUUGUUUUUCAGCAUUUCAGACCUGCCUUCUCUUUUUUGCAUGACCUCCUGUGCGUUCUCAUCAGUUCAUGUUGGAAUAACAGAGUUUUUUUAGAUAAAUAAAAGAGGAAAGAAAAAAAAAAAAAAAGAAACUGCACUGUUUCCUUCUCCCAUCUUGUCAUGGACUGGACCUGGACCCAGCAGCCAGACAGGAAUUGUGACCACCCUGUUCUCACAUGCUUUGGUUUGAAGCAGAAGUAGGAUAAGUGAUUCUGCACUUUAUCAUGUCAUACAGUGGUAAGAGAACUACAAUAUCUCCAAAAACCACAUGAUCUGGACUUCAGCUGCCUAACAAAGGGUUAAUUCCCUCUCUAAACUUCUACAAACUUCUAUAUUCUAACUUGGUUUCCCCUGAAUUGUUACCAUUGCUUGGGUUUUGCAGUCAUGGACAUGUUUGAGCCCUGCAAGAAUCAGUUGCCACUAAACAGCUCCUGAGGGCCAAAUUAAUUCAUGGAUCCACACCUUGUUUGGGGGAAUCUUCUGGCUCCAGUCCAGCUCCAGCAUAUUCUGUACAAUCCCCACAAGUUGAGAAAUGUUACAUGGACGCCACUCUGGGCAGUGACCCCAAAAUGAAACCUCUCAGGGUUUGUUUGCAGGCAGGUGGGUGUUGUUCUGCUGCCUGCUGGGCUGUCCUGCAGGGUCAGCACAUCAAAACACAGCCCAGAAUCUCAGAGUCUCUGUGUUGGGGAUGAGGUGAUCUUUGAGCUGGGUUAUGUGUGGUGUUCAUAGUUCUGUCCCUUUCUCUCCAUUUAAGAUGCCAACUUUUGUUUUUACCAAGUCCCUUGGUGCUACAGUACAUCCUGUAGCUGUUGUGUGAUGGUGCUUAAGAGUUGCCAGCAUGAACCAGCAGAAGGUUUGUGAUUUAAACCCAACCCAAAUGUGCUGGGGCUGUUCUGCUGCAGCACUGGAGGGUCAGAACCCAUAAAUCACUGCCUUACCCCUGCUGCUGCUGUGGUCACUGAGCUGUUCAGAUCAAGAGCAGAAUGGGAUCCCCCUGGUUGGCACCUGUGGCUUUGUGGGCUCCACUGCCAGGGGAUCUAAAGGGUUGAACAAUUAACAGGUGUGCAAAAAUAUCCUUAAAAUAUUUUUAGCUGCAGUAUUUUUAUUCUCGUGUCCAAUGCACUGUUGAAUCAGCAGCUAAGAAUUCACUUUCACCUAUUGUUGUGCCAUCUAUGUAAAAAUUAGAUCAAAGUUUGCUUUUCUAUAUUUAAUCUGGGUGGACAGUAUAUUAUUGUCAGCCUCUGUGGAACAUUGGAACAAUUGCAAUGUCUGUGUUUCGAAAUUGUGCUGUAGAAGGAGCAUUAGCUUUAGCUGACUGAUUGAUUCCUGAAGUUUUAAUAAAAGACCAUGUAUGGAGUUUUUAUAAACUUGGCAAGUAGUUCCCAAAAGCCUGGAUCUUAAAACUUAUUUAAGGAAUAGUCACAGUCAUAUCUCAUAGUCUGCACAUGUUUAUUCUGCUGCUGUUAUUCAGGGUAAUGAAUAAUUUUUGUAGAAUUUACCUUUGGCAAAUGCUGAAGAACUAAAUAUGUGACUGGUUUAUAAAAACUCUGCUUGGAUUUACUAAUCUUGCCCAGCAGCGUGGACUGUACAUCCUAUGAAAUUUCAUGAUCCCCAGCAAAAGUCUCUAAUGCCCUUUCUUAACACCUGUAAAUAGAGAAGAAACAUAUUUACUGAUACUCAAAGUUGUGUUUAAUGCUGAGUAUUUUUCAGAAGUUCAUUUAGUUUGAUGCAUAUUGUUCUUUGGUUUUUUGUUUUCCUGCCUGAAAUGACAGAAGACCUAAAAGAAGCCAAAUUCUAUUUUAACAUGAUGAUGUCGAGCACUUUUUUAUUUGUAUAUGUGUGUGUAUGUGUGUUUGAGCACUGAUCUCGAGAUCUUGGUGGCAUCUCAGUGUUGUGAUUUCAUUGCCAAUGUAAAAGGUUCUGGUGUUGCCCAUUCAUUUCUGGAGACAGAAUUCAAUCAAAUAAAGUGCUUCCAUUUGAAAGCGAAUAUUGACCUUGUAGCAAUGAAACAAAGUCAUCUGCAUAUUUAAAUAAACAUUUAAUUCCAGAAAUACA